AUGGACGGUGUUUAUGCCGCCCGGGCAGUUCAUACAGCACGGAAGAGCGCGGAUGCGGAUGGAGAUUCUCGCCCGGUGAUGCCAAGCCGCGAUCAUGCGAUCGUCGCCAACCCUACUAAAAGGCCGGUCGGCGCCAGCACAUCCGCGGUCUGUACCUGUCCAUGGACUCCAUGGCAUGCACCGCUCUCCUCGCUUGUAGCACCGACUUUUAGUGCAACCGCCUGCAUCACAACGUCACGCUACACUGGCAUGCGCCUGAGUCGACGAUCAGCCCACCAGAACCUGGAGAUAAAGUCAUGGGCCAGUUGGGUACAUUCAAGCUGGGCCACUGUUCAACAGGGCUGGACAGCUUUCCAUCCAUCUUUAGGCACGGCACUGUCUCCUACAUCCACUGCAACUACUCUCUGCUCAUGUAGUUGGAACUAA